AUGGCAAUUAUCAUCCCCAAACGCCUCUUCACCCUCUGCUCCGCCGCCACCGCUUAUUCCCUCAACUCAUCCACGCGCCCACAACCCUUUCUCCCCCUCACGCGCCUCCUCCUCUACGUGCGCCCAUCCUCCACCCAACCAUCGAGAACCCCAUUGGAGAAACAAUUCGAGACGUGGGUCCAGGCCCUGAAACCGGGUUUCACCCCCUCCGACGUGGCCCAUGCCCUGCAGGCCCAAUCCGACCCGGACCUCGCCCUCGAUAUCUUCCGUUGGACCGCGCAGCAGCGCAACUACAAGCACACCAGCCACACCUACCUCCUUAUCAUCAAACACCUUGUCGCCGGCCGGCGAUACCGGCACGCCGAAACGCUAAUCGAGGAGGUCAUUGCCGGCGCCUGCCACGACGUCUCUGUCCCUCUCUACAACUCUAUCAUCCGAUUCUGCUGCGGUCGCAAAUUCCUCUUCAAUCGUGCCUUCGAUGUCUACAAGAAGAUGCUUACUUCUAACGAUUGUAAACCUAACCUCGAAACCUACUCCCUUUUGUUCAAUUCGCUGCUUCGGAGGUUCAAUAAGUUGCAUGUUUGUUACGUGUAUCUGCACGCGGUUAGGUCAUUGACUAAACAAAUGAAGGCUUCCGGUGUUAUUCCUGAUACUUUUGUAUUGAACAUGAUCAUCAAGGCUUAUGCCAUGUGCUUGGAGGUGGAUGAGGCGGUUCGGGUUUUUCGCGAAAUGGGGUUGUAUGGCUGUGAGCCUAAUGCUUAUAGUUAUGGCUACAUUGCCAAGGGGUUGUGUGAGAAAGGGAGGAUUAGUCAGGGGUUGGGGUUUUAUAGGGAGAUGAGAGAGAAAGGUCUUGUGCCUAGUACUAGUACUUAUGUGAUAAUUGUGUGUAGUCUUGCGAUGGAGCGCAGGUUUGAGGAUGCCAUUGAGGUUGUGUUUGAUAUGUUGGGGCAAUCUAGGUCCCCUGAUCAUCUCACUUACAAGACUGUUUUGGAAGGGUUGUGUCGGGAGGGAAGGGUCGAUGAGGCGUUUGAAUUACUUGAUGAAUGCAAAAAGAGGGAUCCUUCCAUGGGUGAGAAGAUGCACAUGAGUUUGUUGGAUGAGUUGUAUGUUGCGUGCCGGGAGUAG